UAUAUUUAUUCGCAUAAAUGGAGUUGUGAAAUGUGAUUGUUAUGUUUUUGCAUGGUUUUAUUCUCAGUUAUAUUGUUUAUUAUAUCGUCUCGAUGAUUAACUAGUAGAUAACUCACAAAUUUAUUACAACUGUAAUUCACUAUUUGUUGUUGUCAUAAAUAUGGCGAUUGUUCGUAUGGGAUACAGACCCGAUAGGCGGGAGGAAGAAAUAGACUGCAGUGCAAAUUACGGGGGUUGUAAUCAAAUAAAAAGUUUGUUUGAGUUCAAACUUUACUGAUUGAAGAAUGCUUUAUUUUGCAGGUACUGCUAUAAGAAAAACAUGAGUGAAAAAAGUUCUGCUGAAGAAAAGGAGCUUGAAGAUAAAGUAGAAGAUGGGUUAGAUAUAGAAGAUUCUUUACUUGAACCAGCAAUACAGUUAUCGACAGAUGAUAAUGGAUUAGAACAAACUGAAGAUUCUUUACUUGAACCAGCAAUACAGUUAUCAACAGAUGAUAAUGGAUCAGAACAAACUGAAGAUCAAUUUUUUCCAUUUGAUAAUUUGUCUGUUGAGAUCAAUGAAGGUGAGGAAGAAAACACAUCAUCCAAAGAAUCUAGUGAACAGCAAAGCACAAUAUUUGAGGAAAAUAGUUUUAAUGAAUCAGUAGAAAAUGGACAAGAGUUGAGUAAUGGUAUAUACAAUUCUAAUACAAUUGAAAAUGCUGUUGCGGAUUCUACUGUUCCUGAGUCAAAUGAAUCUUCACGAGAGGCCACAUUUGAGGAACGUAAUGUGAUAAAAACAGAAGAAUCUGAAGAAUAUCCAGCUACAAAUUUAUCAGAUUAUUUAUUUUCUGAAACUUCUAUGAAUUAUGAUGAAGGCUCAAAUUCCGCUUCAGAAGAAACAAAAGAAGAGACUAAGAAAUAUCAAUUGUACAGAUUUGGAAAAAUUAUGAAAAAUGUACAGAUGGCUGAAUAUGAAACUCUUCAAGUUCUUUAUCAGCUUUUAUAUCAAAGAAGUGCAUGGGAUACUCAAGAAAUUCUAAAGCAGAGGAUUUUGGAAUUUUCUGGGUUUAAUUUCAAUAAUAGUAGUGAAGAGUAUUUUAAUCGAGAUAUGAUGCUCAAAACGCAACCUAAUGAAGUUCUGGUCAAAAUAGGGCAUGUACUCGGUCUUGAUCAAAUUCGAAGCAUGUAUGGCGGGGGAGAUAAUGCUAGGCUUGAUCUCAUUUCUGCUAUUAUGCAAUUUCUUACUACAAUGAAGUCUUUGAAUUCUAGAAGCAGAAGAAGAGGUCCAUAUGUAAAAUCUGGAAUGGUCUCUAUUGAUAUUGCCCCAAAAAAUCUUCAAACAAAAUGUGGAUGUCUGAAUAGGUGUCUUCAAAAAGUCACUAAAGCACAGAGAGCUGCUUUAUUAGAAUAUUUAAAGGAAUUGGAAGAAAAACAAUUAUUAGAUAGUUACAUAUAUAAUUUAAUUGAAGCUAAAAAAAAUGUAAGAAGGCCAGGAGAGGAAAAACAAAAAUACAGAGAAAUAAAAUAUGAAUACAAGGCAAAAUUCGGUCCGAAAGAAUUCACUGUGUGCAAAGGGGGUUUUGCAGUUUUUCAUGGACUUAAGCAGAGCAAAUUAUUGCAAAUACAAAAUAACAUAAAAAAUGAAACCGGUUUUCCUGCCAAAAUUGAUAUGAAAGAUUUCCCAUUAUUUAAUGUUCCUGAAAGCCACAGAAGAAGUAACCCUAGAACUGACACAGCAGCUAUUUACACACCUGAAGAAUCCAGUUCAAGGCGAAAUUCUGCUCAAUCAGAGGAUGAAUUAAAAGAAAUGACUAACAAAGUUGUUCCCAAACUUAUUGUAGAGAAACUUCAAACAAAUGAUGCUGAAAAUAACAAAUACAAAGUGGUUUCCCAGGUAUUUAAACGUAAAUCGUGGGAAAAAGAGGAUAUGUUAAAUGCUAUGACUUGUGUAAAACAAGGAGAAGCAGGAUGUGGAGUUGCGAGUAAAAAGUUUAAUGUUCCUAGGUCAACUUUGAAACGAUAUAUGUCAGACUAUUAUGAAUCAGACUCCACAAUUGAAGAAUUUCUUGAUGCAAAAUUGGGCCUUAGCCCAUAUGUACAAAAGUCACCAAAAGACGUACCCAAAAAUAUUUCAAAAACUCCACAAGCACCAAAGCCUGAACUGGAUGAUAUAUAUAAGAUAAGUUCGAUUGAAGAAGAAGAGGCAGCAAGUGAAAAGACAAAAUUAAAGGAAUUUCCUCUAGUUGUAACUGCACUAAACAAUGCUUCCAAGGAAUUGUUAAUUGACGUUCAUUUUCUCUUAUUUUUGGAUAGUGCAGAUGAUGAGGAAAUAAAAAAUAACAUUUUGGACUUCAAUGGCUUUACAUUUGAUACAGAUACUGAAGAAUAUGAUGAAAGAAAUGAAUUUUUGCAAAGGAUGUCAUUUAAAAUUGUGAGUGAUGUGGCUCGAUCGUUUUCUUUAGAAAUAUUGAAUUCUAAAGAGGAAACUAUCAAAAAUAUAUUAGGAUUUCUGCAAAAGCCGGCUGAAAGUUAUCUUAGAAUUUCAAGCAAUGUACCUUUAAGCUUGUCUGAUGUAGAAUUGGAUGAUAUUGAUGGCUUUUCAGAUUCUGAUGAAUCCAUUACUUGUGAAGUAGUUGAGAAAAAGGUUGAAUGCAUUGACUUGAUAUCAUCUGGAGAAGACAGUGAUGAUGAGAAGCCUAACAAAGUAAGAUCACCUAAGAAAGCUGUAGUUCCAAAUCCGAAACAACCUAGUACUCAACCUACUCCAACUUCAUCUUUGUCUACACCAGCACCAUCUAAACCAUCCCCAUCAAUUCCAUCCCCAUCAAUUCCUUCCCCAUCAGUUGCAUCAGUAGUUACAAACAUUCCUUCAGCUGCUCCCACUCAGUCUAUGGAUACUGAUUCUUCAUCCGAUUCGCAGUCUGGAAAUCGAACUUUAAGAAACUUCGAAACAAUUUGCAAAAUAGUAAACACUCAUCCUCAUGAAUAUCUUGUUGAUAUUUUUGAUCUCCUCUACUUAAAGAAACAUGAACCUAGCACUCUACGUAAAGAUAUUCUUGACUUUAGUGGAUUUACAUUUGAAAAAGGUUCGGCAGAAUAUGUAAAACGGAAACAAUUAUUGGAUCGUAUGCUAUACAAUUCUGUUCGACGAAUAUACAACACUUUGAUCCACAAUACUACUGAAGUAAAGGUAUUUUCAAAGCCAACCAUGAUUGCUGAAAUAUUUCAGUUCCUCUUCAAGCUACCUGAUCAUGAUACAAGUGUCCGGCCAGCCCCAUCAACCAAGCCUGCUGCGAAACCUGUUGUACCAGCUGUAGGAAAAAGUGCACCAGUUGGCAUUGCUCCACCACCUGGUAUUCCUGCAAUAAAUCAAAAUGGAAAACUGAGUGACCUUAAACGAGUGUUCCAAAGAGUUGCUUGUUUUCCUUGUGAAUAUCUGAUCGAUGUCCAUAAACUACUGUUCAUGACUGACUGUGAUCCAAAAGUUAUUCGACAAAAUAUAUUUGCUUUUAAAGGAUUUAAAUUUGGCCCGGAGUCACAGGAAUUUCAGCAAAGAAAAAUGUACUUAGAAUACUUAACAUUCCAUAGUCUAAGAAAAAUAUCUAGUGUUCUUACAACUAGAUCAGUAGAUCUUAGAAAUUCUACUAAGCAUGAGCUUGCAACUCAUUUAACUCAAGUGCUGGCAGAAUAUUGCAAUACUUUUACAGACGCAGAAGUACCUGAAAUAAAUGCAACUAAUCAAACAACUCCAUCUUCCACAGUGACUUCUAGUUCUUCAAAAGCAGUGGAAUCUAUUGUUGUCACUCCUACUCUUGAUCCAUCUUUAGCAAAUCCACCAGCUGAAACUCCAACUUCAUCCACAGUUCAAAGCAAAUCAACUCCCUCAGGACAGAAAUCAGCUCCAUCUAAAUCUAAAAAUGUAACUCCAUCAAAAACUCAGCCAGCUGCCUCUCCUUUACCAAUAUCCAUUGUAGACGCCCGUUCUGUACCUCAAACUAAACGGAAAAGAAAAAGCAAUACUGUAUCAAAAAUAAUAACUGAGAAAUCACAGCCUGAUCUCAAUCAAUUUGCUGACAUCAACUUGCCUGAAGUUGAAAAGUAUCGUCAACUGUAUGGACAGAGUAUAUAUAAUCCCAAUCUUCCCACAAUAACUGGAAUUACUACAUUCAGUGCAACUGGUAUUCCUCAAACAUUUCCAAUGGCUCAGCCUAUGUCAUUCCCCAUUAUGCAGGUCCAGCCUAGUCAAGUAAUAGGAGUACCGGUUAUUAGUCAAGUGCAAAGCACUCCAGGUGAAGUUAUAGUUCCAGGAGAGAAUGCUUCUACGGAUGAGGAUCGUCCCUCAAAAAAGCAAAAGGCUUCAGAAAAAUCUGAAAAAAGAGGUGAUGCUAAUGACGAUGAAGAAGACUGUGAUAAGCCAUUAGCUUCAUUGAUUGGACACCCUAUUGAUAGUGUUUUAGAAAAAAACAUUUCAGAUAUUGUUGAGCAAACUGAUUUGCAAGAUAUAACAAUAAAUAAAGUUAUACAAAAAAUUUACAGUAUGUACCCAAAGUUUGAUUUGUCUUAUCGCAAGGAGUUUAUCAAAUCGACUGUUAGAAAUCUUUUGUAUAAAUUGGGAGAAAAAAAUAACUCAAAUGUUCCAAGUGGAGAUCGCAAUACCAACAGCCCUGAUUGUUCUGUUACAACAACAGAUAUCCAAGAUAAUAGCAUGGAUGAAUCUUCUGAAGCUAGUGCAAAAUCUUGAUGCAUAUCAGUCUCACAAUUCAUAUGUAAAUGAACUUUUCAUUUCCUUCAUCUUCCUCUUAAACUAGCUACUAUUCCGACUGAUGAACUUUUUUUUUUUUUACUUAUAUAAGUGUUACAGCACAAAUUUCUAUGUUACAACCAUGGUCAUUUCUCAUUAAUUUAAAGGAAGAAACAGAGAAUAUUGUAUAUCUAUAUAUAUAUAUAAGUUGAAUAUGAAAUUAAAAACAUUUUAAUAAAAAAUUAAGUUGGUUUCAUUAUA